AUUGGAGAAAAUAGUUUUAACAUACAUCUGAACAUUCUCUGGAAUGCUUUAAAAGUUAUUGUUUUUUCACAUUUAUUGAUUUUGUCAUCAUUGUAAAAAGUAGUAACUACCCUGUGGUAUUCUAAAAGGCUCGGUCGCAUAACCAGUGAAAUGAACAUGGCGCGUGCAUUUGAAGCGCUUACAGAAUCGUCUGUCGACUUGAUGUAUAUCGGCACUCAUUGCAACUGAUAGAAAUACUUUAAUUUACGAGAGGUGCACUAUGACAACAGAAAAGUUUCCGGGGAACACACAGGAGCGCAAAUUAGACGUUAGAUGGUUUACGGAAGGGGAGUUUCUUUGGAGAAGUGGAGCAAGUGUUGCCUGGCUGAUAUUAUUUCUCCCUUUUCUACUUCUGGUUUAUUAUGCCAUAGCGUCAUUCGACCCAUUGCAUCCUAUUACUUGGCUAACUGGAUUUGUCAGCAUUGCUUUUGAGACCCAAUUUUUGAUAGCUGUCACUUUCUUUUCUGUGAUUACUGGGUUUCUUGCUGUUUGCAAGGGUAAACUGAACUCAGUUCAAGGCGUCAUUCACUACAGCCGAGUCACCUCACUGCUGUAUCUUCUACAUCCUGCUCGUCUCUUUCACACGCUAGUGGACGUCCCCUGCGGCAUGUUUUGUGUCUGGAUCACGACUUGGCUGCUCAUGGAACCAUUCAAUUCUCUCACAGCACCAAUAUCAGAUUCAGAAGAUGAAUGCUACUUAAAUGAGCCUGCUGUGUUUCUUGUUACCUUUGGAGGAUGGCUGGGGUUCUAUGCUAGCCUGAUGGCAUUUCUCUAUAAUGAAUUCCACUACAAAUUUCCUAAAAUUCAGCAAAGGAAAUUUUUCCUGGUAAAAGCAGCAGUGUGGCCAUGUGUUUACAAGUCCAUUGCGUUAACCUUCAGGGCAACUCGGUGGUACUACUUUCUUUACUGGUUAGCUGGAAACUUUCCUCGGUAUUGGCUAGGAAAUUUCCUUGUAGCAUCUGUAAAUGAAAGUGAAGUGCCUUUGAACACCAUUUCCGGCCUGAUGAAUUUUCGCCUCUUAUGGUUGGUUCUAUCCACUGGCAUGCUGCUGACAUUUGUGUGGAGUAUGAGGAACAUGCUUUUUGUCAUUUUCAACACUCAGAGGUACAUCUUCCCCAUAGAGUCUGCUGUGCUGGCAGAGAAGUCCCAGUGUCUUACUGCUGUUCUCAAAGAUACAUCUUCACCACUUCUUAGGCACCUUGCCUUUCUAGAUCUGUGCCAGCUCUCAAAGUUCAGCAGCCUAAGAAGAAAGCAGUUAUUUAGCCUUAGUCAACCAGGAGGUCGACCAACCAACUGGACUAGCAUCUCCGAGGAAUGCUUGGAAAUGCUUUCUACUCUGACAAGUGAUAUCACAGAUCAUGUAGAGUACCAGAUGCAGGUGCAGCAGUUUACAACUGAGCAAAGGAGCUUUGUGGGCACCCCAGGAAAGAUAACAAAAGGUUCACUCUCUUCGCCACUUUUUGAGUCUCCAAUUGUGGGUAGCCCUCACGGUACACCAGCAACAGUCACUAGGAGACCCAAGUUAUGGUCUGCAUUGAAGGAGGGCAGAAGUGUCCAUUCUCCUGUCAUGCACAAAGAAAUGAAUGGAAAUUCAACAACUAGAGAGAAUAUUGAAAGAAAGAAGAGAGAGAAGGUUGAUAAGUGGAGAGUACAGAUGAUCCCCCACUAUAUUGCCAACUUCUUAAAGCAACGGCCUAUAGUUGAGAUACUUUUCAAAGAGCUUCCAGAUUACCGCUCUAAAACCUUAUUUGCAAACUGUCAGCUUCAUAUCUGGGCUGUUGAGGGACUGUCUAGACUGGUUGUUGCAUCAUUCAAGGAGGACACAUUUGGUGUUGUGCAGAAGACUCUGCCAGAUAUCUUGUCAUCAUUGCUUUCACUGCUACAGGCUCUUGAUCAAUGUGCAAAGUUCUCAUCAGCCACAGCUGCUGGUGCCAAAACAACCAUCCAGCCCAGACCUCCUCGUCCACAAGGGCCAGAGGGUAACCGACAUCUUCUUCGCUUAGCUGUAACAUCAGCUCUCUACCGCAUCACAAACACAUUCAGAGACCAUCUAUAUGGAAUCCCAAUGACUCAAGACCACAGAGACAGACUACAGUCAUUCCUGGAUUGUAAAGAGUAGGAGGGCAGGUACCUGUGAGGAUAGAAACCUGGCUUUCUGAUUGCAAUGAUUGGUUAAUGUUAGGUAUGUACCAGUGCAGGAGGUAAUUGAUAGGUAGGUGGCAUACAAAAUGUUCCUUGUUACGCCUUUGCUGGUUGAAAUAGUUUAAAAAACCAUGACUAGGCUGACUGCAAUAAAACUUAUGUGUGGUUUUCUAAAAGAUAAAGAGAAAAAGAAGUAAAGAUUACUAGCUUCAUUCUUGUAUAUUACAGAUUUGCUUAAUCUUAAUAAAAAAACAAAUUGUUGAUUUAUUUGAAAUUUUAAUUCAACUUUUUCUUCUUGAUUGCACUUACUCCAAAAUAGCCAAACCUUUAAAUCAUCUUCUGCGCAUGCGUUAUAAAUUUGAAGUAAAACGGAUUUCACGUUAGACGGAUAUGCCGUAUGUUUUCGCUCUUUUCUUAAGGAGAAGGUAAACACGCUUUGUUAAAAGACAAAAUUUUAUAACUUCUUAGAAAAUAAGUAUUCCCACAUCAGUUCGGCCGCGACAUGUUGUCAAGAAACCAUUUGUGUAACCAGAUGAUAAAAGGGUCUUUGCAGUCAUUUGCACGUGGGUCUUUGACGGACCUGCGCGGAAUCGCUAUCAAGAGAUUUCGGAGGCAUAAUCUUUGGACUUUACAGGCAGUUGGCGUCAUUGUUCGCCGACGCCCC